AUGAUAUUCGUAAAAUAUGAAUGCUACAUUUUAGGACAAUUAUAUGAAGCUAAAAUCAUGGCUGAAGAAAAUUUUAAAACAAAAUACGAGGAAGAAAUAUCAAGGUCUAAAUUAGAUCUAAUUCAAUCUUAUAAAAAGACACUUGGAUUUCCAAAUUUAAAGGAAAUAUCUGGUUCUUAUUACCUUGUUGAUAAAAAUAAUUCGACUUUAAUUAGAAUAUUUAACCUUAAUAAUAAACAAUUAGAGUUUUUAAAUCUUGCUGAUUUUGGUAUUCAGCAAUAUUGGUCAAAUAAGAAGUGA